UGAGUCUUCUAUUUUUAUAUUUUUCCUCAAAUGACCGCAGUUACAGUGACCGGAGGUUAUUUUACGAUCUGAAAUCAUAUGUAAGAAAGGUUGAUUAUGCUUAAAAAGAAAUUUUUUUUGAAAGGAUUUUAAUCUGCAUUGUGUAUUAAGAAGCACGAGUGAUCAUUAAUAAUGGCUGAAAAUAUAGCUGCAAUUCAAGAUCAAAUUUCUAAAAUUGAUUUGAAUAUUGAAAAUCUUAAAAAAAACUUAUGUGCAUUACUAAAAGAGCGAGAAGCUUUAGUAAUCAAAAAAGAAGCAUUGCAUAAACAAAUAAAUUUAUCAACACAGAAUAAAGACCACAAACAAUCAUCUAUAUAUUGGCUUAAUAAAAGUUUUCCUUGGUCUGAAAAAAUAGUUAAUUGUCUUCUAAGUACUUUUAAAAUUAAUAACUUUCGUCCUCUGCAACUGGAAACAAUAAAUGCUACUUUAGCUAAAAAAGAUUGUAUUUUAGUUAUGCCAACAGGCAGUGGGAAAAGCUUAUGUUUUCAACUACCUGCAGUAGUAUCAGAUGGUUUUACUUUGGUAGUUUCUCCUUUGGUGUCAUUAAUGGAAGACCAGUUAAUUGGUCUACGAGAACUGAAAAUAGAGGCUGCAAUGUUAGAUGCAUCAUCUCCAAAAGCAUAUAUUACAAAUAUACAAAAUCAAAUGAUAACACAAAAUGGGUCGUUGAAGCUUUUGUAUGUUACACCAGAAAGAUUGGCCAAAAGUAAACGCUUUAUGGCAAAACUAGAAAAGGCUUACUCAGUGGGUUCAAUUAAUAGAAUUGUAAUUGAUGAAGUGCAUUGUGCAAGUCAUUGGGGACAUGAUUUUCGUCCAGAUUACAAAUACUUAGGCAUUUUAAAAAGGCAGUUUCCGUUACUUCCAAUACUUGGACUAACCGCUACAGCUUCUAAAAAGGUAUUGGACGAUAUCAAAGACAUUUUGAAUCUGAAGAGUGACUGUCUAUUGUUUCGAGGGUCAUUUAACAGACCAAAUCUUUUUUAUGAGGUCAAACAUACUUUACUUUCUCCAUCUGAACUUGUCAAUGAAAUUGCAACUUGUAUAAAAUCACGGUUUAAGGAGGAAUCAGGUAUUGUUUACUGCUUUUCACGGAAAGAUUCUGAAGAAGUUUCAACAUUACUCAACAGACAUGGUAUAAAUUCACAUUGCUAUCAUGCAGACAUUUCUUCAGAUGUCAAAACUAAAGUUCAUCAACUGUGGAUUAAGGGAGAUAUUCAGGUUAUAGUAGCAACAAUUGCUUUUGGAAUGGGAAUCGAUAAACCAAAUGUUCGAUUUGUGAUUCAUUAUUCAUUGAGUAAAUCUAUUGAAAAUUACUACCAGGAGAGUGGAAGAGCAGGGAGAGAUGGUCAUAAUGCAUACUGCAUUCUUUAUUUCAGAUUUCAAGAUAUUUUCCGGCAAAUGUCAAUGGUUUUUUCUGAGAAAACAGGAUUAGAAAAGGUGUAUCAAAUGUUAAGGUACUGCAUUGAAAAAAAACAGUGUCGGCGUAACAUUAUAAGUUUAGACUUUGAAGAGGCUUGGAAAACAAGUGAUUCAUGUAAAAUGUGUGAUAACUGUUUUAUUGAAAAAUCAAGGCUUGAAACACGUGACAUCAGGCAAUACGGUCUUACAGUGGUUUCCAUCCUUAAAUCUGCGACUGCGGUGGAUGAAAAGCUUACUCCGCUUAAACUCAUUGAUAUCUGGCUCGGAAAGGGGAAAAGUUCUUUAAGGCCGAUUUCAGUUUGUACACUUUCGCGUGAAGAAUGUGAGUUUGUUUUAUCGAAACUUCUACUCGAACGUGUUGUACGCGAGGAAUUUCAUUUUACACCUUACAGCACUAUAACAUACCUAGUGCCUGGCCAACAUUCCGAACAUCUUAUACAAAAUAUAAUUUCAAUUCAUCACGACAUUCUGAUGUCUAAUGAUAUUCAAUCAGAUAAGUUAGCGUACACGAGUAAGAGAAAGUCGAUUGCAAAACCCGAAAAAUCUUCGAAGAAAUCAAAAAUAACCGAGACAGAAAGUAGCAAUUGUUUAGUUUUAAUAAACGAUUCAGAAAACGAACUGUCUUCUUGACAUUUUUUUUUGUCGUUUUUUUUUUGUUUGUAAAAAACUGUUUGCAUUUAAUUGCCUAGAAUCUAUAUUGAGUAUGUCAAAAAUUAAUGCAA